CACAAUGUCAUCGCUCCGAACAUUUCUCGCCCGGCGAUUAUGCGGGCCAAAUCCAUCAGCAUACAGACAAGCACAGAGGAGAUGGGCGCGCGUCCAUGAUGUACGGUACUUCGCAAACCACGGAGUUCAGGAACGAGUCAUCGACAGGUACAAGGACAAGUUAGAUAGGAAGGCUAAAGAGCAAGGCCACAAAAGUGUUAGCGAUCUUCAAGAGGCCUACAAGGACAAAAUCGAGAAAUUGCGGAAGGAAGCCGUAGUACCCGGCGCAACUGGCCCUCUCGAAUUUGAUGGCAAGAGCAAGGUGACUUCGGCCAUCGGAAAAGAGACUGGAUUUGCAAGGCCUCCUCCUCCUCCUCCUCCUCCUCCUCCCAAGCCUGUGGGCCAAAAUGCAGACGCGGCGUUAUCACCACCAGGCAUCAAGACACUCUCGUCGUUUCUCGAUGUUGCGAAGACGAGAGAAUUGCCACCAACAGAGAUAGAGUACAUUUGGCGCAUCCGGCAUGCAUCGAACCCACAGUCGCUACACUUCAUCAUACCGCAAGAAACGUAUGCGCACAUCGCUUUGAACGCGAAGAAACACCCCCAGUUCAUCUUACCAUUGCCGCGAGAAGAGGAGGGUGCGGAGAUACACUUUUUGCAGUUUACCUGGCCUCACACUCAUACUGUCAACAUAUUGUUCACUCAUCUGGCAGAGUACAAGCUGCGGGGUGAAUUCGCGACACCUCACACAACAAUAUCCUUGCAUGAGGAGCUACUGCAGGACAAAGGUGUCGUGCUAGGCCAAGGAGUCGUCACGGAGAACCGAGGUGUCAGUGUGGACGAGGCAAAAUGGUUGAUGAUGUGCCUGCAGAAGUUCUAUGGCUUGCAGGGCCAAGAGAGCCAAGCAAGGAAAAGACUCAUGGAGAUGUUCAGCAACGGCGACGUAGGAUUUGAUGUACAAUUAUUGCUCGACGAAGCCGAGCGGAUCAACUGAGCCUUUCAUGUUUCUGGCUAUGUACUGGAUAGAUCAUGGGACAGCAAGGGGGCCUCGUGCCCACCUACCCCUUCUUACCGGCCGAAAGGUCGAAAUAUUGAAUCUCUCUUCUCCUAGUCGAAAUAAAAAAAGGUCUCGUCUUGGUA